AUCAUGGCCCUCCACCCCCGUAGAGUCCGGUUGAAGCCCUGGCUAGUGGCUCAGGUGGACAGUGGCCUGUAUCCCGGGCUCAUCUGGCUACACAGGGACAGCAAACGCUUCCAGAUUCCCUGGAAACAUGCUACUCGGCACAGUCCCCAACAAGAGGAAGAGAACACCAUUUUUAAGGCCUGGGCUGUGGAGACAGGAAAGUACCAGGAAGGGGUGGAUGACCCUGACCCAGCUAAAUGGAAGGCCCAGCUCCGCUGUGCUCUCAACAAGAGCAGGGAAUUCAACUUGAUGUACGAUGGCACCAAAGAGGUGCCUAUGAACCCAGUGAAGAUAUAUCAAGUGUGUGACAUCCCUCAGCCCCAGGGCUCAAUCAUUAACCCAGGUUCCACAGGAUCUGCUCCGUGGGAUGAGAAGGAUAAUGAUGUAGAUGAAGAUGAUGAGGAAGAUGAGCUAGAUCAGUCACAGCACCACAUUCCCAUCCAGGAUACUUUCCCGUUCCUGAACAUUAAUGGUUCUCCAAUGGCACCGGCCAGUGUAGGCAACUGUAGCGUGGGCAACUGCAGCCCGGAAGCAGUGUGGCCCAAAACGGAGCCUCUGGAGAUGGAAAUACCCCAGGCGCCUAUACAACCCUUCUACAGCUCUCCAGAGCUAUGGAUCAGCUCUCUCCCAAUGACUGACCUGGACAUCAAAUUUCAGUAUCGUGGGAAGGAAUAUGGGCAGACCAUGACCGUGAGCAACCCCCAGGGCUGCCGGCUUUUCUAUGGGGACCUAGGCCCCAUGCCUGACCAGGAGGAGCUCUUUGGUCCUGUCAGCCUGGAACAGGUCAAGUUCCCAGGUCCUGAGCAUAUCACCAAUGAGAAGCAGAAGCUUUUUACCAGCAAGCUGCUGGAUGUCAUGGACAGAGGACUGAUUCUGGAGGUCAGCGGCCAUGCUAUUUAUGCCAUCAGGCUGUGCCAGUGCAAGGUGUACUGGUCUGGGCCGUGUGCUCCAUCACUUGUUGCCCCCAACCUUAUUGAAAGACAAAAGAAGGUCAAGCUAUUUUGCCUGGAAACAUUCCUUAGUGAUCUCAUUGCUGCCCACCAGAAAGGACAGAUAGAUAAACAGCCGCCAUUUGAGAUCUACUUAUGCUUUGGGGAAGAAUGGCCAGAUGGGAAACCCUUGGAACGGAAACUCAUCCUGGUUCAGGUCAUUCCAGUGGUGGCUCGGAUGAUCUACGAGAUGUUUUCUGGCGAUUUCACAAGAUCCUUUGACAGUGGUAGUGUCCGCCUGCAGAUCUCCACUCCGGACAUCAAAGAUAACAUCGUUGCUCAGCUGAAGCAGCUGUAUCGCAUCCUGCAAACCCAAGAAAGCUGGCAGCCCAUGCAACCCACCCCCAACAUGCAGCUGCCCCCUGCCCUGCCAGCUCAGUAAUCAGGAAUGCUGUCUUCUUUUUUCUCUGCUUCUUUUAAAAAUAUUGUACAUAUGGAUAUUUUUUAUUCGGAUUUAACCAGCCUUUAAAUCUCCUCUCUAACCUGUUAGUACCUUAUGACUUUCCAGACAUGCCUAGCUUUUAAAAUUGAUUUAAUUUAUGGAAAAAUCA